AUGAGUUAUGCAGACAGCAAAAGACGAAAUUUGGAAUUUCAGGUUGGACAUCAUGUGCUCUUGAGGGUCACUCCAACCAAAGGAAUAAUUCACUUCGGAGUUAGAGGAAAGCUCAAUCCACGAUUUAUUGGCCCAUAUGAGAUUUUAGAACGUAUUGGUGAAAUGGCACAUUGGCUUGCACUACUACCAGCUCUUUCCCAUGUACAUAAUGUGUUCCACAUUUCUAUGAUGAAGAAGUUCAUCACAAAUCCUGAUCAUGUAAUACAGCUUUCAGACUUUGAACUUAACAAUGAUAUGACAUAUGAGGAGUGUCCUCUAAAGAUUGUGGAUUUCAAAGAGCAAGUUUUGAGAUGA